AUGUCGUUGGGAGUCGCGUUGACUUUGUUACUCCUAACAUUGAUAUUGAACUUAACCGAGGCUGGACAUGGAGGAAGUCAUAAACAUGUGGUGAUUCACGUACCGUAUAAAAUCAAGCACAUUUACCAUACUCAUACAAUUACAAAACAUGUACAUCAUGGAGGAGGAGGAGGUGACAAAUAUGAAGUUUUGGGAUACACCGUGGGUCAUCCGAUCGAUUUGGGAGGUCACGGAGGUGGAGGCGGUGGACACGAUUUCGGUGGUGGUGGACACGAUUACGGUGGUGGAGAUUAUGGAGGUGGUCAUAUCGAAAUUGGAGGAGGUGGAUACGGAGGAGGUGGUGGAUACGGAGGAGGAGGUGGACACGGUGGUUGGGAAGAAAGCGGAGGUGGAUAUGAACUCGGUGGUUAUGGUGGGGGUGGUGGUGGUGGUGGUGGUGACUGGGGUGGUCACUGA